CAGUUUUCAGACUUAGAAUUAUGAAAAGAGCAAUGGAUGGAGCAAAAAACGAAGCGAAAAAAUCUAAAGAUACUGAUUUAUUUGGACGACCACUGAAAAAGACUGGAUCCUGGGAAUCAAAGGACAACGGCGAUUUGAUGAUUUUCACCCAUUCAGAAUGUGAAGGAAAAGAGAAAAUUGCCGCAUUCGAUAUGGACGGAACUCUGAUCAAAACAAAGUCUGGAAAAGUGUUUCCAACAAAUUGUCAAGAUUGGCAACUUCUAUAUGACUCAAUUCCAUCAGAUUUCAAAAAAUUGCAUUCCGACGGAUUCAAAAUUGUCAUUUUCACAAAUCAAAAAGGCAUCCACGCUGGAAAAGUUGAUCGAAAUGAAUUUAGGAAGAAAAUUGAAGCAAUUGUUGGAAAACUUGGAAUACCUGUUCAAGCAUUUGUUUCAGUUGCUGGGGGACACUAUAGAAAACCAUGUGUUGGUAUGUGGAAUGAGCUGAAAUUGAGAAAUGAUGAAGUGGAAAUUAAUGAAAAAGAAAGCAUUUUUGUUGGAGAUGCUGCUGGAAGAAUCAAGACUACAAGUCGUCCUAAAAAAGAUCACUCAUACGCAGAUCGUUUCUUUGCUGCAAAUGUCGGUGUUAAAUUUCAAACUCCAGAAGAAUUUUUCGGAAAAUCGAAAGUUGAUGAGCCCUGGGGACCACCAAACUUUGAUCCAAAAAAUCUAUUUUCAGAGGAAAUUACUGAACUUGAACCUCAUGAUGCUCAACUUAAAUCAUCCGAAAAAGAAAUUAUUCUAAUGGUUGGAUUUCCCGGUUCAGGAAAGUCGACUUUUGCUAAAAUGCUCGGUCAUCAACAUGAUUAUAAAAUUGUGAAUCGUGACACGAUCGGAACAUGGCAAAAGUGUGUAGCAGCCACUCGUUCAUAUCUUGCUGAUGGAAAAUCUGUAGUUAUUGAUAACACAUCACCGGAUCUAGAAUCACGAAAGCGAUAUAUUGACGUGGCAAAAGAGCUCGGAGUGCCCAUUCGAUGUUUCGAGAUGAAUUGUAGUAUGGAACACGCACAGCACAAUAUUCGAUUCCGAGUGUUAACAGAUGAUAAUGCAGCUGAAAUCUCGUCAAUGGUAUUAAGAAUUCAUAAAGGAAAAUAUGUUGAACCAACACUGUCCGAGGGAUUUUCACAGAUUGUGAAAGUUAAUUUCCGCCCGAAAUUCGAAGUGGAAGAACACGAAAAACUUUACAAGAUGUAUUUGAUCGAGUGAUUCCAAUUUGAAAUUAAUUAAAUGUUAAAUAUAUACUUACACAUUCCAAAAAUCUGAGUUUUAAUUUUGUUGUUCAACUUGUGCAAUAAAUCUCAUUCACUUUCC